GACCCUCUCUAGGUAGUGUACUCAAGCCGUACUGACCGUUUGGACGUCGUUAUCAGUACUUUAUCUUCAAGCAGGUUUCAUCGGGCGCAAGGCACUAUCAAAUUGGCCACCAGUUACCAUCGGCCUCUCUAUCAAAUGGGGUGUUUUGCCCCCAGAUGAAAUCUGCUUGGAGAUUAAGUACUAGUUAAUGUCGUUUCCGACGGUCGAUGAAAAUUAGAUACCUUCACACUCUGUCGUUACAGGCCGGGAAAACAUGGCAGAAAAGUUUAAACCCAAGAAGAUCCGCAUCGGUACAGACCUGAUCAAGGCGGCCAAAUAUCAGCUGGGAUUCCUGAAAGAGGUUGACAGACACCCGAUGCUGUACGAGGGACCCCAUGUCGACAACGCCCUGAGGAGGUACGAGAAACUGUGGCUGCCGCUGGUGGCGCGGCUCGGGACCAAGGGGCUGUCCCCGCCCCUGGACAUCCACUGGGUCUGGCACGUCCACAUGCUGGCACCGCUGCACUACGAGGCCGACUGCAACAACAUCGUCGGCAAGCUGAUAGACCACCACAUUCCUGACAACAUUCCUUCGUUCCGGAAAGGCCUUCAGGCUGCGCAGACUCAGUGGGAGAAGGAGUAUCCGUCUGAACCUUUCAACGUGGACUUGAACAGCCCCCCGCCCAGCAAAGUCGUGGUCGCUUCUCCAGACUCGCAGAUUUCUUACGACCUCCGGUCUGCGAUCUCCCGUCAGAGGAUGUUCUACUACCAGGUGUCUCUUCCUCACUUCAGGGACGACAAGUUCCUCCAGGAGGCGGUGUUGAGGUAUAAGAUGCUGCUGCAUUUGAAGAAGACGAAUCCCGGCAAGUUCCUGGUUCCCUGUUACGACAUGGAUCUCAUCUGGCAUGCACAUCAGAUCAACCCAGUCAUAUACAAGUCUGACACAGAAGCUAUCCUCGGAAAGACUUUUAACCACGACGACUCCGUGAACGACCGCAGUCCCGGCUCCAAACUCAACACGUCUGAUGAUCAGACUAGGACCCUGUGGAAGACGACAUUUGGCAAAGAUUUCCCGUUGAGUGGCGCGAUGUUCCGGGGCCCACCGCCGGGCGAUGUCCACAUGAUGACCCGGGAAGAGGUGUUCGCCAUCACCGUGAAGCGGUGCAACAUCAUCGUGGAGAGAGCCGAAGUUCAGAACAUACCUUCGGACGUAUCGAGACCUCUGUGCCUGAAAAUCAGGAGCAAGAAAGGCAGUGUAAGCUUGAAACAGACUCCCUCAGACGGCUGCCUAACCUGGUCCUCCCAGUCAACGAGCGGGCUGAAGACGUUUGACUGGGGCGACUCGACCCACCUGUGCGCCAGGCUAAGUAACGCCACCACGUGCCAGUGCCUUGCCGGGGACCCGCUGUCUAGCUACGACUUCGACCUGCGACAAGCAGUCCACGGAGUUCCCGAAUCGGGAACCCAAAUUGUGGUGCGGAGCGAGAGAACGGACCUGCCCAUCACCCUGACGGUCGGGAUCGUGCCGAGGGAGUGGGGGGAGGUCCGGCUGACCACGAACUUCGGCACCUGGGCCAAGUCUCCGCUGUCCGGGGAGUAUCUGUCCACCCUCCCGCCCAUGGUGCUGGGGUCGGACGGAGCGGCGUAUACGUUUGAGAUCGCCACUCACAAUAUUUUAGACCUGACAGGAGGCCUGGCCUUCAGGUGCAGAGUGGUGCACUCCGCCGAGCUGAAAACCUCCGUGGUGCAGGUCAUGACCCCAGGAGACCAGCUGACGGCAGAGGCUUACCUCAUCCGGAAUGACACGCUGCAAGCCCCAGCCGUUGUGCCGACCAUGGGACCUAACGACUGUGCCAUGUUAAUCCGGAACAGUCAGGACUGGGGCGUGGUGGUCGGCAGGUGGGACAACUUCCGUCAGGGCGUCCCCGGCACACCUGGCGUGAAGGGCGUCAGCGGCACGCAGGACACCCCGGCCGUCAAGGGCGUCAAGGGGACCCCGGGGGUACGGGGCAGGCCUGGCAACCUGUCCAUCAGCUUCUACAACUUGCAGACUGGCACCACGGAGAGAGCCGAGGCCACUCCAGGCAACAACUUCACCAUCAGGCUCCGGAACCUGACCGUGGACUUACGGACCGGCGAGGUGACGAUCCCGCCCAACGUGACAGACGUACCCGAGGGCGUGGCGCUGGCCUUCUCCGUCGCCGUCAUGUGGGUGCUGUUACAGCCUCGACCGCAAGAUGGCGCUGCAGCUACAGCUACAGCAGCCGCCACGCGAGGCAACAAGACUGUGAAAUCCAUGGAUACGUCCUCCCUGAUGAUGAUAGUCGGGGCAGGGUAUUACCUGAACGGGAUCGCCUAUUACUCCCCGGUUACUGGCGCGUCUGGGGGGUGUGGGGGAUGUGGUGGGUGCGGAGGGUGCGGGGGCUGCGGGGGGUGUGGGGGUUGUGGCGGAUGUGGGGGUUGUGGUGGUGGUUGUGGAGGGUGCGGUGGUUAA